AUGUCCGUCCACGCAGCAUCCGACCUGUCAGACGCAGCAUUAGGCGGUCCAAUUCGCAUCCAAGACGAUAAUUUCAUCGAUAGCUACGGUCGAGUCCUCUCGCUGCGUGGCCUCAACAUCUCAGGCGGCUCUAAACUGCCCACUACGCCAAACGGCCUGUCCCACCUUGACGAUGGCUUCUAUGAGAACCACCGCAUCGUCACUUUCGUAGGGAGGCCUUUCCCACUUGAAGAUGCGCCGCUGCAUUUUAGACGUCUACAGGCGUGGGGUGCCCCCUUUGUGAGACUCCUCGUCACCUGGGAGUCUCUUGCUCAUGCGGGUCCUGCGCCGGAGGAUCUGGAUAUGGAGUACAUUACGUACCUGCGCCGAUUGAUCGAGCUGAUGCCGCAGUACGGUAUCAAGUGCUUUGUGUGCGCCCAUCAGGAUGUCUGGAGUCGUUACAGUGGAGGUAGCGGUGCGCCGGGCUGGACGUUUGAGGUCGCUGGGCUGGAUAUCGAGGCUUUCACCGACACGGGCGCUGCCUAUGUCCACAGCCAGGAUGAGAAGAAGCGCGCAAGUGAGCCGCCUAAUCCCAAAGAACCUGGCGGCCCAUUCCUGUGGCCCUCGGGAUACCAGAAGCUCGCUGCGUCUACGAUGGCGACUCUAUUCUGGGCCGGUGAGGCUUUGGCUCCGAAUCUCAAGUGUCGCAAGCCAGGCGACACCGAUCAGGUUUCUGCGCAGACGUUCCUUCAGGAUGCUUGCAUUGAAGCUUUUGGACGUCUUGCGGAUGAUGUCAGUCACCUUGAGGCGUGUAUUGGCUUUGAGCCCAUGAAUGAGCCUCAUCGCGGUCUUGUCAAUCUGCAUCAUUUCCACUCCUGGAACUACGACACCGAUUUACACAUUGGACACUGUCCAUCGCUCGCCCAAUCUCUUGCUCUUGGAAGCGGUUAUGCUCAAGAUGUUGAUUACUACGUCAAAUCGUGGCCGUGGCCGACUCGUGUUUCGCACAAGUCCCGUGUUGACCCCAAGGGUCGCUCCGCAUGGCUGUCACUCGAUGGUCAGUCUGCCGGUUACGGACGAGGCCUUGGGGAAUGUGUUUGGCAUGCCCAUGGAGUCUGGGAGUGGGACGACAAGAAGAAAACCGCUCGUAUCAGCGACAACGAUUACUUUGAGGUUGACCAUCGACCUGGCCGUGAGGGUAAGCCAAUUGAGUGGUACAAUGACUGCUAUGCGCCUUUCCUUCAGAAGUUCACAGAGCGCAUGUCGCGUAAGACGCCGCGCCAGCUCAGCUUCAUUGAACCGAUCCCAAAUGAGUUUGUGCCGCCCUGGCCCACCGAGGACCCUGAUAGUAAGAAAUGGCGACAGCAGAAGUACGCUGAGAAGACGGUGAUUAUCUCACCGCGCCCGAAUAACUUUGUGUACGCACCUCACUUUUACGACCUCAACGUUUUGUUCAACAAGUGCCAUUCAUGGAUGAGCGUCAAUGUGCAGGGCCUCUCACGAGGCAUGUUUGUGCUCAACGCCUUGUACUUCGGCGCCAAGGGACUCAGACACAACUACAAGAAGCAGCUCAGCAACAUCGUCAAGUACGGAAAGCUGUCAUUAGGCAAAGUCCCUAUGGUGAUUGGCGAGAUCGGUAUCUCGUACGAUAUCAACAACGCAGAGGCCUUCCGCACGGGAUGUUACGACACGCAACGAGAUUUGAUGAACGGUCUCGUUUCUGCAAUGGAGGACAACAAACUCAACUUCACACUGUGGAACUACAACCCCAAUAAUAGGGUUGAGUACGGAGACGGGUGGAACAAGGAAGACUUCUCCAUGAUCAACGGCGACGACAUCGUCGAAAACGGCCCCGUACGUCCCGACUACCGCAAUUACCAGCACGAGCAUGACGAGCUGUACAAGGGCGGUCGUAUCUUGGACGUGAUCAUUCGCCCUUACGCUGUGAAAACAGCAGGUGUCCCCAAGAAAUCAAACUGGAACCACAAAUCCCUACGCUUUGAAUAUUCAUGGACCAGCAGCACCGCCAAAGACCCAGCCGUCGACGAAAAGACACGCCUCACCGAGAUUUUUAUCCCGGGGUAUCACUACGAAGCGCACGAGGUACGUGUCCAGGGGACGAAUGCGGAGUGGACGUAUGACAAGCCGCGUCAGACGUUGUACGUGCGCAGUAGUUCACCGGGCGAGCACCGCGUUGUGGUGGCCAUUGAGAACGAAGCGCAGCAUUUGCUCGAGAGGGUGCGGCGGCGGCGUGAGCUGUAUCCCCCCAAGUUCCCGCUGAACAGGGUUUCGCCUGCCACGGAGGACUUUCUGGAGGAUAUUGAUUGGUCGUUGGCUUUUGCUUACUGGCCGGUUGUUGCUGCUGUCCUUUUUGCAGUGCUUGCGUGGUAUAUCAUGGUGUUGUGGAUGGGUUAG